AACAUUUUAUGAUGACGUCACUGCCUUUACCAUUUUGUAUAUAAAGUAGGACUCGUUACCAAAAUUGGCACAGUUCAAAAUGGCACGAUUGAUAACUGUAGCGCUAGCUGUGAUUGUGGUGGGACUGCAGGCUGAUGCAGCACCAGAUCGCGUCCGUCGUGGUUACGGCGGUGGCGGGUACGGAGGAGGCGGCGGUGGCGGCGGCGGCGGCGGAGGCGGUGGCUUCGGAGGCGGCGGCGGUCUAGGGGGUGGCCACGGAGGAGGCCUAGGCGGUGGUCACGGAGGAGGCCUAGGGGGCGGACACGGUGGAGCUGGCCUCGGCGGUGGACAUGGAGGAGCUGGCCUAGGAGGUGGUCAUGGAGGAAACGGCGGCGGACUCGGUGGUGGUCACGGAGGUGGCCUUGGAGGUGGACACGGCGGCGGCGGUGGACUAGGGGGAGGACAUGGAGGUGGCUUAGGGGGCGGCCUUGGAGGCGGUCACGGCGGCGGCGGCGGCCUUGGCGGAGGUCACGGUGGAAGCCUCGGAGGGGGCCACGGCGGGUACGACGGCGGCGCACUCACGCCGGUCGGACACGGAGCGAAUGGAGGCUUCGGCGGCGGACACGGAGGCAACUCCGGCGGCCACGGCGGCCACGGGGGCCACGGCGGCGGCGGCGGUUACGGAGGCUCCUCAGCAUCAGCCAGCGCCCACGCCUCGGCCGGCAGCUACGGCGGUGGCGGUUACAAAGGCGGAUACGGACGCUAAACCUGAAAAUACUCAAAGAUGACCCUGAAAACCCCAAUGUGAUAUUAUUUCUUACUAGGAACGUUUGUAAUUGGCAACAUUAUGAAGAAAAUUAUGUAUCCUAUGCGUAUUAAUAAAAGUUAAGCUUUUAAACAAA